AUGUAUAAAACAAACUGGAACUGGAAAUUGCAAUUUAGCUUAAGUGCUAUUGGCUUUUUAUAUUUAAUACCAAGCGCUGCGGCUUAUACAAGAGAAAUAAUAAAUGAUAAGCCGCCACUGCAAGAGCGACCUCCUUGGCUGCAGACCUGUAAACGUGCCAAUCCCAAUGAAAAUAAAUGCUUUCGCCAACUGUUUGAGGGCUGCUUUCCCGCCUUGGCUGCUGGCAUACCCGCGAUUGGCGUUAGAAGCUUUGAGCCACUGAACAUUGAUCAGGUAUCUGUGUCAAAGGGUAGCGGCAAUCUAGUCCUAUCCGGUGGCUUUCAGAAUUUGAUAAUUCGCGGACCCUCGAACGCAACCGUACGACGUGCAAACUUGGAUCUGGCGCGUCGUCAGCUGAACUUUGAGCUGGAGCUGCCACGCCUGCGUAUCAAGGCCAAGUAUAAUCUGAAGGGUAAUAUACUGUUAUUGCCUCUGGUGGGCAGCGGCGAUGUGGCCAUGGCAUUAAAGAAUGUGAAUACGGCAGUUUAUACUAAGAUAUCGCUGCGUAACGAGACACAGACUGGUGACGAGAUCAUUCACAUUGAUGAGAUGAAAGUGAGCUUCCAAGUCGGCGCCAUGAGAAUACAUUUGAAGAAUCUAUUCAAUGGCAAUGAGAUAUUGGCCGCUUCUAUUAACGGUUUCCUUAAUCAAAACGGCAACGAAGUUAUAGCCGAGCUGCGGCCCGAUUUGGAGAUGGGAUUGGCUGAUAUAUUUCAUGGCCUGUGGAACAAUGUAUUCUCCAAGAUGCCCACUAAGCUGUGGCUGAUCUAA